AGGCGGGGAUCCUGGCGUGGACGAAGCGGGCACAGGUCCAGGGGAGGCGGAAAGCAGCGCGGGCGAGUGUACAAGCCGCCAGGCCGAGUUUUAUGGCGGCUGCCAUUGACGAGGAAGAGGACCCCACCCCUCCCACAAAACGGCGCAGGAGCGACGAUCAUUCUCGCAUCGACGACUCUGAAAAGGCCAAUGAACAUGGAGACAAGUCGUGCUCCUCAGGACAGAACCUGCCCGUUAUCGACGAGAGCCUGUAUUCCAGACAACUCUACGUGCUCGGGCGCGACGCCAUGGUGCGGAUGGCCCAAUCGGGCGUGCUCGUUUCGGGCCUGGGUGGCCUAGGAGUGGAGGUGGCCAAGAACAUCGUUCUAGCUGGCGUCGGGUCAGUCACUCUCCACGAUGAGAUGGCGUGCACACGAGACGAUCUCUCCUCGCAGUACUACUUGAACAAGGACACCUUGGGCCAGAAUCGAGCCGAGGCUUGCGAGGCCCCUCUGGCACGACUCAACAAGCACGUGCGGGUCACGACCCACACUAAGCCACUGACGGAAGAAUUCUUGAAGCGAUUCGACGUGGUGGUGUUGACAGAGACGCCGCUGGAUGAGCAGGAAUACAUCUCUGACGUCACCCGCGACAGCAACAUCGCUCUCAUCGUGGCCGACACCCGAGGACUCGCUGGGCAGAUCUUCUGCGACUUCGGUGACAACUUCCACGUGACCGACGCGAACGGAGAGCAGCCGAUUUCUGUGCUGAUUGGCUCCAUCACCAAGGCAAACGAAGGCGUGGUGACUUGCCUGGACGAAAUGCGGCAUGGUUUCGAAGAUAAUGAUUACGUCACCUUCUCCGAAGUCGAAGGCAUGACCGAGAUCAACAAGUGUCCACCGAUGAAAGUCAAGGUUCUAAGUCCGAGCACAUUCUCCGUGGGUGAUACAACGCAGUUCGGUGAUUACACCUUAGGUGGCCUUGCAACGCAAGUGAAAGUGCCGACGGACGUAAAGUUCAAAUCUUUCAAGGAGUCCUUGGUGAACCCGGACUUCGUCGUGUCAGACUUCGCCAAGAUGAACCGCCCUGCGCAUCUUCACUUGGGUUUUCAAGCUCUUCAUGCUUUCGAAAAGUUACACUCACGCCUGCCACGGCCUUGGAACAAGGAGGACGCCGCAGUGGUGGUCCAACUGGCCAUGGAAAGGAACAAGGCGCUGGCCACACCGCUGGAGAAAGUGGACCAGGAGCUAAUAACGGCGCUGUCCUGCGUGUCUGCCGGCUCCUUGUGUCCUAUGCAGGCGGUUAUCGGAAGCGUCGCAGCGCAAGAGGUUAUAAAGGCGUGCAGUGGAAAGUUCAGCCCUAUCCAACAGUGGUUCUACUUUGACGCUUUCGAGUGCCUCCCACAGGAAAGCGACGUUUCGGAACCAGACGCCAACGCCAUGGAGCACUCACGGUACGCAGGUCAAGCCCGCGUCUUCGGCGCUAACGUCCAGCGCCUGCUGAUGACUCAGCGAUACUUUGUGGUGGGAGCUGGAGCCGUGGGCGGCGAACUUCUGAAGAACUUCGCCAUGAUGGGCAUUGGAGUGGACAAUGGCUGCAUACAUGUCACAGACAUGGACAUCAUAGAGCGGUCCAACCUCAACAGGCACUUCCUCUUGCGGUCCCACGACGUGGGCACCAUGAAGUCUAUCAUGGCCGCGCAAAGCCUGGUCGAAAUGAAUCCCGAAAUCAACAUUCACGUCCGGGUGGAUGCAGUGGGUCCGGACACGGAGCACAUAUACAACGACGAUUUCUUCGAAUCUUUGGACGGCGUGGCCAUCGCGGUGGACAACGUCGACACGCGUCGCUACGUGGACGGGCGCUGCGUGCUCUACGGGAAGCCGCUGCUCGAGUCCGGCACCAUGGGUACCAAAGGAAGUGUGCAGGUGGUGGUGCCACACGUGACCGAGUCCUACUCGUCCUCCCAGGACUCGCUCGAGAAGCCGACGCCCACCUACACUAUCAGGCACUUUCCCAACAACAUCGAGCACAUCCUGCAGUGGGCACGCGGAGAAUUCGAAGGCCUGUUCAAGCAGAGUGCCACGAAUGCUGUCCAGUAUUUAACAGAUCCUGAUUUUCUGCCGAAGACACUGGAAACUCUACAAUUUACUCAAAAGGUGGCCCUGCUGAAGGAAAUCACGAAGAUUCUGGUGGACGAGCAGGCGAUUUAUUUCGAAGACUGCGUCGCUUUCGCCAGGCUACGCUUCCAGGAGCAGUACAGCGACCAGAUACGACAGCUUCUCCGCGUCUAUCCCGAGAAUCACGUGAGUCUUUGGCUUCUAGGGUUAGUGGUGACGAAACUGUUCAGACGAGAGCCUGGCACCACACUUGCCUACUCGCAGAUCACAGCUUCGGGCGCCCCAUUCUGGUCUGGCCAUAAACACUGUCCCAGGCCGAUUGAGUUUGACCCCAACAAGACGCUGCACAUGGACUACAUCGUGGCUGCGGCGAACCUUCGGGCAACAAUGUUCGGCAUUCCGCACUGUACCGACCGCGAAGAGAUCGCUGAUAUGCUCGAAGAAGUCGACGUACCAGCAUUUGAUACUCAACAAGAAGACGUGCAAGUUGCCGCAAACGAAGCGAACCCACCGCAGCCCGACGUCCCACAAACCGAUGACGAGGAACUGCUGGCAAAACUGCUGGAGGAGCUGCCCGAGCCGGAUGAUCUCGAUUACGUGUCGCUCAAGACGCUGGAGUUCGAAACAGAUGAUGACACCAACUUCCAUAUGGACUUCAUCGUGGCGGCCUCGAACCUACGCGCCGCCAACUACAGCAUUGAGCCGGCCGACAGGCUCAAGAGCAAGCUCAUCGCCGGCAAGAUCAUCCCGGCCAUCGCCACCACCGCGUCCCUCGUCGCGGGCCUCGCAUCCCUCGAGCUCUACAAGCUGGCUCAAAGGCACGACGAUCUUAAGCUGUACAAGAACGGGUUUGUGAACUUAGCAUUGCCUUUAUUCUGCUUUGCGGAACCCAUUGCUCCCAGAAAGAAAAAGUUUAACGACCAGGAAUUCACACUUUGGGACUGCCUCGAAGUUGAAGGCGAGAUCACGCUCUCGCAUUUUCUCGAGCAUUUAGAGAACGAGAACAACAUCAAAAUCAUCGCAGUAUCUGAAGGGGAGCGAGUGCUGUACGCCACCUUCCAGCCGUCCUCCAAGAGUCGUCUCGAACUAUCCAUGAGUGAAGUGGUUGAGGAGGUGUCCAAGCAAAAGAUCGACCCGGACAAGCGCGCCCUGAUUUUUGAGCUUACGUGCAAGAACGUGAACGGUCAGGACGUAGAGCUUCCACGAGUGCGAUACGUGCUGCCCAGAUGACCGCCCCCGCCGUUUGUGC